UAAUCUAAAGGAGACUUGACUGAGUGAACAACAAUGAUUUUUUUUGCAUGUGAUACAUUCAUGAUUGGCUGAGCUGAUCAAGGUAAACCUGAUAGGAAAACUAGGUGAGAAUGCCUAUAGUCAGGUGUUAAGGGAGGAAGAAAGACAGUGUAAGAGAGAGAGAGAGAAGGGGCAGAGUUGUGAAUGAGUUCCGCAUUGAAAUUACGCUGAGCUUAAUUUUUACACACAUGAAUCUGACUGCAGAGUACCACAGUAUCCCUCUCAGUGAUGGGAACCAUAUUCCACUACUGGGAUUGGGCACCUAUGGGGACCCUCGAACGACACCCAGAGGCACAGCACUUGAGUGUGUCAAGCUGGCCAUAGAUGUGGGUUACCGGCACUUUGAUGGGGCAUUGGUGUAUUUCAAUGAGCACGAAGUGGGUCAAGCCAUUAGAGAGAAGAUUGCUGAUGGAACCGUCAAAAGAGAGGACAUAUUUUACUGUGGAAAGCUCUGGAAUACCUUCCAACCACCAAAGUUGGUGAGACCGGCCUUGGAGAGGACACUAAAAGCCCUAAAUCUAGACUAUGUGGACCUCUAUAUCAUUGAGCUUCCUAUGGCUUUCAAGCCUGGAAAUGAGUUCUAUCCAAAAGACCAAGAUGGGAAAUACAUCUACCACCACACAGACCUCUGUGCAACAUGGGAGGCUUUAGAGGCUUGCAAAGACGCAGGGCUGGUUAAGUCUCUGGGAGUCUCCAAUUUCAACCGCAGACAGCUGGAGUUGCUGUUGAAUAAACCCGGACUCAAACACAAACCCGUAUCCAACCAGGUUGAAUGCCAUCCAUAUUUUACACAACCCAAACUUCUGGAGUACUGUCGUCAGAAUGACAUUGUGAUUGUUGGUUACUGCCCUCUUGGCUCCUCCAGGGAUGCAUCUUGGGUGAAUGUGAAAAGUCCUCCCCUGCUUGAGGACAAGCUGCUUGUAUCCAUAGGGAAGAAAUACAACAAGAGUAGUGCCCAGGUGGCUCUGCGCUUCAAUGUCCAGAGAGGAGUUGUAGUGAUCCCCAAGAGCUUCAGCGCUGAGAGGAUCAAACACAACUUCCAGAUAUUUGAUUUUUCACUCACUGAGGAAGAAAUGAAAGCCAUUGAAGCACUGAACAAAAAUAUUCGUUUUGUGGAGCUGCUGAUGUGGAGUGACCAUCCAGAGUACCCAUUCCAUGAUGAAUAUUAAAUCUACUGACUUUGGACACAAAUAAUUAAAACAAAACAUGGACUAUUUUCAGCUUUUCACAAAAAAAUGUGCAUUGGUACAUUUCCCACUAAACACUAGAGGUCUCUGGCUCACAGUAAAUGAAAAGGGCAAACAAAUGAACACUUUUAAGGUUAACAUACAGCUCAGAUGUAUGAUGACAAAGUCGUUUGUUUGUUGUUUCAUGUGAGACUCACAUGAGGCUCAUGCAAUAUUCAAAGUUACUACCGAUUUGAAAUAAAUUGUAAAAAUAUUUCAGUUUAAAGUCUACGGUAACUUAGAAGACCCUUUAUGGCUGUGCUGCUUGUAGUGUUGAUAGUGUUAAAAGGACAAACAGACAUCCUUUGUGUUUUACAAUGAGUGUGUCACUCCUGGUCUUCAAUAAGUCAAGUCACUUUAUGUAUAAAGUACAUUUAAAAACAACAAAAGUCCUGUACCAUGUCCAAAGCAAGGCAAAAAACCCAGCUGUGAUGGAGCAAACGACAAGCUAACAAAUAGCUGUGUUCAAAAGCCAGACGUGUAAAAAUGGCCAUUUAGGGGGAAAUGAAGGUUUCUGUUGGGGGUUACCUCAAAAGAGAAGAAAUGCUUUUGUUGCAACAUAUUAAAAUGAAUGUGCAUUUGCUUUUUGGAUGUAAUGUUAAGCAUAUUUGACAGUUGUAACAAAGAAGGAGUAUAAAAUGAAGAAAGCUAUUAACUACAAUGGAUUAUGCUGGGUGCCAGUACUGGAUGUAUUUAGCCUUUGAUUUAAUCUGAGGUGUUAUCAAAUGAAUUAAAAUAAUUCAUCAUUAAGGCAGUCACAGUUAAGCACAAAGUCAAACAUAUUUGUGAAUCCAUGAUAAAUACAUUGGCCCUGAGGAAAGAAAUGUACUGAACAGCCAAGGUGAUCUGCUAGGUAUAAUAUUUUUUUUUUUUGCUUCAGUUAAUGAAUAAUUCUUACAUUUUGCUGUGGCAUUCUUAUUAUCUGUUGUUGCAUUAUUUUAGCAUGUACUGUGGCAAAAUCCAUUUAUAACACCAUGUCAAGAAUAAAGAAAACUGUUCAAAUGUGAAGUGGCCUAAUGGCCUAGUGGUUUAAAACCUAUGUUGUCCUGCUGUCCAAGCACUGCAGCCCCUCAGGGAUUUGGGUUUAAGUAUCUUGCUGAAAGACAUCUUUGAAGCAAUGUAGCAGAGGGGUGGGUGUUAUUUAUUCUUUUGAAGAAUGUAUACUCUUCUCAUAAAUGUACAUCCCAUAUUAUAAAACAAAUGAAUCA